GAGUCUGCAAACGGAGCGCAGGCAUGGGAACGAUAUCACAGCUCUCAUCCUCUACUUCAUUCCACAUGCAUGCACAACCAUGAAGGAAACGGCAACCGAAAUGCACCCGGACAAUAAGCAAUAAUUUUUUUUCAUGCACAGGACUGCAGAUGUGACCGUGCAAUAGGGUAUCAUCUCUUCUCUAAGAUAAGACUUAACAUCAACCACCAUAAUGGAUGCAGUGCCCGAAUACUCGAUUUUUCUCGUGAGGAUUUUGGAGGAACUAGACACCAAGUACAGCACUGUAUCGUAUCAGGAUCUGUGUAAGUCUCUGUGUGCUCGUUUUGACCUGGUUCAUCUGGCAAAACUGAGGAGCUUAUUAUUUUACACAGCAUGUUUGGAUCCUAGUUUUCCUGCUACCUUAUUUAAGGACAAAAUGAGGUGUUCGGGGGAAGAUCAGCAGUCUAAGAAGCUCAUGGUAGCUGCAGACAUUGUGACCAUGUUCAACCUCAUCCAGAUGAAUGGCGGGAUGGCCAAAGACAAGUUACCGGUUAGUCAGAAACAUAAGUUUCAUAAAAACCAAUCCUUUGAGUCCUGCAGGUCUGAUACAGAUGUGUAUAAAUACAACGAGUGUGAAAGUGUGUAUGGUCACACAGACAGAAGGGGUCAUCAUGUUUCUCGGAACUCGCCCUGCCCCAAAUCUGAGUGCAACAGCUGUCAGCCAUUUAUACCAGCUUCAGAGCCCAAUUUUCUCCUGGGAGUCAGCAAGGAUCUGAAAUGUAGAGCAGCAUCACUGGAUAAGCUGCAGCAUCUGCCUCAGUAUGCCAGUGCCAGUCCUCCUCCGUGUGAGAUGCAGAGCACCUACUUCCCCAUGGAGAUCGACAGCGAGUCCACAACCGACCAUGACUCGCUGCACAUCAACCCGGGUGGCAAGGACGUUUUUCUGCCUAACUCCGACUCUUUCACUGUGCACUCGUGUGUACAAAAGCGCAACAUUUUCAAGGAGGACUUUCACAACCUUGUUGCCUUUUCGCCCCAUGUGAUCUCUGCGGAGUCUAAAGUCAGUGCCAGAGACAGUGGAGAUUACCACAGGAGGGAGCUACACAAGCCUCCAACUUUCUUUAAUCACAGCUUUGAGUUGCCAUAUAGCAACCCUUAUUUCGAACCGGUCAACUCACCUAUACAAAGCAAAGGACGAGUGAAACACGAGAGUCUGGACGACUUGCAGGCAUCCACGUAUUUUGGUCCAACGACAGUCACCGAGUGUGUGAACAUCAAGAGGACUUCGGGGAAACAGAGCCGGCAGCCUGCCUGGCCUGUCAAGAGCUUAAGCCUGAACGCAGAUGAGGGCUCUGAAUUUGAGAGAUCCUUUUUAAACCAUAAGGUGCCAGUAGACAAUCAUCGCCAUACUAGCAUGAUGGACAACGAACAGCACUUUCAGUGUGCAAAAGAGAAGCCCACAGCCUCUCCAUCCGGCUUCUCCAAGAAGUCCAGCGGACCAAAGAUAAAAGAUAUGGCCUCUGUUGGUUGUGGUCCGAGUUCUGAAAAGAGAGAAGGAGGGAAGAGAUAUAAAGACAAGAGCAUCAACUGUCCAUCGCUCCAGACUGCUAACAUAGACAACGGUCUUAGUGUGGGGACUCAGACUGAACAGUCAGAACAGAGGAAGCUGAAAGAUUACAGCAUGCACAAGUAUGCAGACAGGCCAACUUUUAAACACACAGAUGAGGAGCCUGAGAUCGUAAGUGAUGACAUUAGUGACAUAUUUCGCUUUCUGGAUGACAUGAGCAUAUGCGACUCUAUUGGGAUACCCCAGUCUUCUUGUUACAACAGUAACGGCUCCCUCUCUCAGGUGGCAAAGUCAGAUGGUGAUAGCUCACCCGAACGCAACACGAUCAAACUAGGCAAGUCUGCCAGCAAGCUUGACCAUCUAUUCCACUCGCUGGAGAACACUGACGAUGAGCUCAAAGCGAGCGUAUGCAAGCUGGUCCUCAGGAUUGGUGAAAUCGAGAAGAAGCUUGAAUCCCUCUCGGGAGUGCGUGGAGAGAUCUCACAGGUGCUGUCCAAGCUCACCAAGCUGGAUGAGAAGAUCCAAGAGCCUGAAGUCAACGGAAAGUCUAGUGAUGGUGGCAUGGCGCAGAUUCAGACGGAUGUAAACCUUUCACCACACAUGUUCCAGUGCCACACCACAGGUCACACUGUCAAAGUGGACACUAACGCAGACUGGUGCUGCUCGGAUGCUAGUGGAAGUGAAAGCCUGAGGGUGAAGGCGCUAAAGAAGAGCAUGUUCACUCGCAGGUCUUCCAGGUCGCUGACCGAGGAAAACAGUGCUACCGAGUCCAAAGUGGCCAGCAUCACCAAUUCUCCUCGAGACUGGAGAACUGUCUCUUAUUCAAGCCAUCCAGGAGAAGAUGUGAAAGAGAAGGACAGGCAUGGGGAAGGCAAGGAUAGACAUAGGAAAGCCAAAGAGACAGAUCGGCAGUAUGACCCUCACCAGGCACACCGGUCAUCAAAGGUCCCGAAGGACUCAUACCUGGUGGAGCAAGUGUUCAGCCCCCACCAUUUCCCCCCCUCUGUCAAGUCGCACGUGAAAGGAAGUCCUCUGUACACGGACUUGCGAUUGACUGGUCUGACUGACAGCAAACGUCCACAACCCUCCUGGACCAUAGAGGAAUUCAAACGCAACUCAGGAGACAAGAACAAACUCAGUGUGCUGGACCUACAGACCCAGGAGUCACUCAACCCCAAUAAUCUGGAGUACUGGAUGGAGGACAUCUACACACCAGGCUAUGAUUCACUGCUCAAGCGCAAAGAGGCAGAGUUUCGGAGGGCCAAAGUUUGCAAGAUUGGUGCUCUGAUCGCUGCAGCGGCCUGCACUGUGAUAUUGGUCAUCGUUGUGCCCAUUUGCACUAUGAAGUCUUGAGGUCUUCUUUUCUGUUGCCAAUAAACACAAGACAUCUUGUUUUGCUGAUGUAGGGUUAAUUUUUUGGUGCCUAGAUGACGCCUUAUUGUGAAUUUGAUAGAACUUUUAAUGGCAGACAUCCAUUCAGAAAACUCGUAUACUCAGUUUUUUGGCUUAAUCCAGGCGCAAGGAACUGGUUUUAAAGUCUAAACUACAAAUACAAUUCCAUACUGAGGAUUAACAUUUGAUGUUUGUCCUUUUUAUUUCUAGUAGAAAGAUUAUUUGUUAUCAUAGACUUUUAUGGAACACAGAUAAUGUUCUCUUAUUUUAUAGCUAGUAUUUAACAUACUAAAUUAAGAUAUUUCGAUUCUGAGAUCUUUAUGUUGUUGCAAUAGACACUACAAGGAAGGAAGCGUAGUAUAUUUUUUAUUUUACUAUGAUUCUAUGAGAAUUAUUUUUCAAUGAAUUUGCAGACAGAAUGUGACGCUGUACAGCAAGGUUUAUCUUUUUUGACAAAUCAGGAAUGUUUUAUUGGGUUUGUGCAAUUUUUUUUGACAGUGACAAUUUAGAUAUGAUAGAUAACUAGAUUACUAUAUAUACAUAUAUAUUCAAGAAAACCAUUUCACAAGAAGUGAAUGUAUGAAAGGCCAUUGUAUGUAUUAAUUGUAUGAGGAUUCUAAAAUGAUUCCUCUUUGGAUGUUUACUUGUUAUUUACCUAGUACUCAGUACACAUCAUUCAAAUUUUAUACAGCGAUCAACCGGAUACUGGAACAAUGCUGUAUCUUUUGAGGAGCAUUCUUCAUCUUUAUGUUUCAUGACCAUGAUUUACUUGAAACUUUUCCUUAAUGUCUUAGCAGCUCAUUUGUGUUACUUUAGAGUUUGGACUAUAUACAAAAUCUCAGCUUCAUCUGUAUCUAUAGGUCUGUCCCAUAUGGUAUGAUUUACAUCUAAUUAGUGUUCUUAUGCUGCCUUCCCCUGCUCAACGGAUGUCCUCUUUCACACUUGCAAGGUCAUCAUUAUGUUUUUUCAUUCCUGUGCAUUAUUACUGCCAUUUUGGCAUCUUCCUAAUUUAGCCCUAUUCUUCAAACCUCUCCUUUGACUCAAGGGUAAACGUCAGUAUCCGAAUGAAUCCCAAUAGCAUGAGGGCAGCAUUGCUAAAAAAAAAAAAAAAAUUGUAGGGAAUGUCCUAAGUGCUAAAAUGUCUACAAUCCAUUUUAAACAGUGGUCCUGAAAGUCAUUAGUUUCAAUUUGUCAUAAGCUGUACUCUCUAUGGUAAUAAGAUUCACAUAACAAAUUGUGUACAUUAAUGUUUUGUUACUGAGAAAUGGCAAUGAGCAGCAAUUUGGUUAACCGUGAACUGAUUAUGUAAUGAAAUCAAGGGUAAAGUUAUGUGUACAUUACAUCCAGGGGACAUAUCUGUGCCAUCUUAAAGGCUUAUCUCAAUCACUAAUUAGCAGCCUACCUACUUUCUAGCUACUUAGGAUAGAUAGACUGCAAUAGCACAAAGUGUUGACCUCUUUUCUUGCAACUCAUAUCCCAAGCCAUAUUUUUGACCUCUUAGGAUAGAAUUACAAUAAUAACUCUUCAUGAAAACUAGCAUUUUGGAGGUGUCCUAUGUCUGUCUUUGCUGGGAUGUAGCAGAGUGCGUUCAUUACUCUUCAUAGAGGCCUUAGGACCACUGAAUGCAAACUACAUAUUACUUGGAAAGUCACCAACUGAUUCAAAUCAAGCUUAGACAAUUUAGUUUGAAAUCGACAAAUGUGUGAUUGUCAUCAAAUUGCCAUGAAACAACAACAAUAACAAUAACAACUACAACAUUCAACUGCUGCUGAGAUGAAAAAUACUGAGUGAGUUGUUUUGCUGUGCUCAUUCAUGUCUGCUUUGUAACAUAUCAGUAGGGUUGACGCUGAGAUAGAGAGACAUGUUUUAUAUUUCUCUCAUUAAUGUAACUAGAUAUAUGGGACUUGAACCCUACUUCUUGUGAAUUCACUGGCACAUGGCCAACUGUUUUGGAUUUUCUUUCUUUUGAAUGUGUCAUACACAGACACCUUGAUUAAAGGUUUGGUUUAGCGAAAGGUUCAUUUGAAUAAUUUUCCCCUCAUGCCAAAUGUAGUUGAUCGACAUAGAUAUUUUUGGUUUCUGGUCUAACAAAUUUUCCAAAAAUACAUGCUAAGUCUUACCUCAUAUCUGCAACAAAUGACAAUAUUAUAGUGAGUAAUACCAUUUUAUACACACUACCAGUCAAAAGUUUGGACACAUCUUCUAAUUCCAGGGUCUUUCCUGAUGUUUAUUUCUUUCUACAUUGUAAAACAAUGCUGAAGGCGGCCGAAAUACACAAUAAUGGCCUUUGAACAGUUGAUAUUGAGAUAUGUCUGUUACUGAUGCUCUGUAAAGCCUUCAUAACGGCUCUAAUCUGAGGUGCUGUUAAUUGGUGAUUUCUGAGGCUGGUAACUCUAAAUGAACUUCUCCUCUGCAGCAGAGGUCAGUUUUGGUCUUGCUUUACUGGGAUGGUCUUUAUGUGAGCCAGUUUCAUCAUGGUGCUUGAUGGGUUUUGCAAAUGCACUUGACAAUACUGUUCUUGAAAGAACUAUUCCAGAACACCUGACCUUCGUGUCUUAAAAUAACAACUGACUGUUUUUUGUUGUUACAUAUGGAUUACUUAAGUCCAUGUGUGUUAUAUCAUAGUUUUGAAAUCUCCAGUAUUGCUCUAGAAUGUAGAAAAUAAAUCCCUAAACAAAAAACAUUGAUUUAAAAGGUGUGUCCAAACUUUUGACUGGUAGUGUAGUAAUACCAUUUUUAAUAAAGCAUCUGGUUAAAUGGUAGGUAUAAUCUAUAUUUAGAAAUGAUACUACAAUCCACAUAUUUUCUACAAUCCGACGGUAUUUCUUUGCAUAACCACCUUUAAAGCAAUUGAGGGUUAAGGGCCUUGCUCAGGGGCCCAGCAGUGGACCUGUGAUUCAGUGUAAUACACAGUUAAAAAAAAAAAAAAAAGGUACAAAUAUAUACAAAGGAAAAAUAUUUCAAGUAUUUUGGCUGAGAUUAACUACUAUUACUUGUUAACUCUGUUAGUCUCUAGACACUAAAAUGGUUGGCAGAUCGACUACAUCUGAAGUAAGCUAAAAACAAUCAAAUUGAGCUUUCGCUAAACUAUUCCUUUAAUGAGCUGUUUGAAAGUGACUUUUAAGUUGAUGGAUGAUACUCUGUCGGGUGACUCUGCCUUCACCACAGGAACUGUGAGCCCUCGUACACUGUAAGACCCUGUACAUAAACUUCAGGUUCAAAGUGCAUAAUGUAAAACAGGUGUAACUGGAAUAAUAUUCUAAUAAAACUCUUAUUGUUCUGACUGUUCCAGGAAUGACCCAGAUCCCUUGAAUGUAUGUAAGUGUCAUUUUAAGUGGCUGACUUUUGAGGGGGUUUUGAUGGUUCUUUUAUUUUGUGGUACAUCACACUGCUUUAAGUCCAUUAAAGCAGGAAACACGCAAAUGAAGGUAGUCUAGGAAGGUAGUAAAAGGUAGGAUAUAAAAAAAGGCAUAUUUAACAUGUAAAUCCUGUCUACAAAUAAGCAUGAGGUCAUUUUUCUGUUUCUACAAAUUGCUUUUGCCAGCAUUUCCUUAAAUGCAAACAGUGAUGAAUUAAGACAAAUUAUGUAAUUUAUCUGUAGUAGGUCUACUUCUUCCUUAAACAGGAAGGACUCUUGACUUUAAACUGGUGCAGCUGGCUUGGUUACAGAAGGCAGGCAUAAUGAGAACUGGCACUGGCCCAUUCACACCGAGAUCAAGAGCAGAUCUAAUACACGAUGUCACCGAAGACAGCUGACACUUCACAACUGCAGGGGACGGUUGUAUAAAGUAAAAUCUUGAAAGUCUUUAAAAUGGCUGUGACUAUCAAACCUAGCCCAGUUUAGCCAGGAGCAAGAUUCUUGUAGGCUCAAAUAGAAAAUUAAUACCACACAAAGUUAAUGCUGGAUGCCUAGCUACCUGUGAACACAGUGAGGCCUUAGGAUCAGUAGAUGCUGCUUUAAAAUUUUCAGUGCAGAUACUCUGCUAGUUUUUCCAGUCAAGAUGCUUAUAAGUGCUCUGAGAGUAUUUUAGUUACAGAGUAAUAAACAGGAUUGUAUUGGUGCAUUUAUUCUAAUACAUUAAAAACCUAAAGUAUACUGGGAGUGCUAUAGCAGAUGCUCUACAUAAGCAGAUAAAUAAAUGAGUAAAUAAAUAAAUAUGCAUCUUGAGGAUUUCCAAUGUUUCCAAUGUCAGUGUUAACAUUCAGACACUUUAGGUGUCUGAACUUUAGGUUUUCUACCACAGGAAAAGACGUUUUGUACUUUGUGCUUUCUGAGUAGCUAGAAAUGGAAAAAUUCAAAUUGAAAAUUUAUUUGUCACAUACAUAACCAUACACAGUAUGACAUGCAGUGAAAUUCUUUUUGCAGUGGUAUAAGAAAAAUAAAAAAAUUAUUAUUAUUGGAAAAUGAUUAUUUGAUUAUUUUUCUAUAGCACCAUAUCAGGUGU